GACAACGACGUUUGCCCCGUGCUUUAACCACUCCCAUCUACCAUUUUUCAUUCUAAUAUAUCAGACCCUGAGAGGAAAUCACCAAUAUGGAUUGGAACGAUCUCAAAAGCACGGUGUCGAACUUGACACUGUACGAUGUCAAGGCCGGCGUGCGCAAAGUCCAGAAUGCUGUCAUGAAUUAUACCGAGAUGGAGUCAAAGGUCCGGGAAGCCACAAAUAACGAGCCAUGGGGCGCCUCCUCUUCUCUGAUGCAAGAGAUUGCAAACGGCACAUUCAACUACCAAACACUCAACGAAAUCAUGCCCAUGAUCUACCGCCGCUUCACCGAGAAGACGGCAGAGGAAUGGCGACAGAUCUACAAAGCGCUACAACUGCUCGAGUUUCUUAUCAAGCACGGUUCUGAACGCGUUAUCGACGAUGCCCGCUCACACCUGACGCUCCUGAAGAUGCUGCGUCAAUUCCACUACAUUGACCAGAAUGGCAAAGACCAGGGAAUCAACGUGCGAAACCGGGCGAAGGAGCUGGCCGAGCUGUUGGGUGACGUCGACCGCAUACGGGCUGAGCGCAAAAAGGCCCGCGCCAACAAGGCCAAAUACACUGGUGUUGAGGGUGGUGCGGGUGGCUUCUCGAGCGGCAGCGGCGGACGCUUCGGCGGGUUUGGUAGCGAGUCUGGCGGCUACGGGGGGAGCAACGCCAACUAUGGUGGAUAUUCUGGUGGUGUUUAUGGUGAUGGCGGUGGUUUCGGAGGGCAGACGGAUGACUGGCGUGGGGAGAGCAGCAGCGGCGGCGGUGGCGGUGGCAGCAGCAGCCGUGCGGACCAGUUCGAGGAGUAUGACGAGUUUGAUGAGGGCGAGAAGAAGACAGCCGCGUCGAGCAGCUCGGGCCGGGCUGGUGUCAAGCGGACUACUGGCGGGUCUUCUUCUUCUUCCUCCGCACCCAAGAAGGCUGAGCCACCAAAGAAGAAGGAGCCCGAGGUCGAUCUCUUCUCGUUUGACGAGCCGGAAACGACAUCCGUUCCGGCCCCGACUAUUGCGCCGUCCUCCAGCUCUGGCCUUGCUGCUCUGUCCUCCGCCAACGACGACGACGACGACUUUGAUGACUUCCAGUCCGCAGCCCCAGUCAACAGCGGCGGACAGCCCUUGGCGGCGCCAAUGACGUCGAAUGCCUCGAGCGCACAGUUUGCCGCACCCAAGCCUGUGUCGGCUCCUCAACAGGCCAACCUGGGCAACAUGGUCGGCCUUUCCUCCAUCUCACCAACUCCUGCAUCCUCGGCCAUCUCCCCACCACCCGCCGCCAACUAUUCUUCUCUCAGCACGCCCCUCGCAGCCACCCCCUCGGGACCUCCCAAGCCAACCGGUUACUCGGCCGCUCAGCCCAACUAUUUCACCUCGGUCCAGGCUGGUGCGAGCCAGUCGACUCCGUCCCUGCAGUCACGGCAAUCUGCCUCUUCCGUCGGGUUCGGCGCCUCGACACCCAUGUCCUCGACCAGCGCAUCCCUUGGGGCUCCCAAGCCCAGCGCGGCUGCCAAGCCGGCGGGUGGCGAUGCCUUUGGCUCCCUGUGGUCGCAGGCUAGCGUCGGUGUCAAGAAGCCGAGCACCCCGAGCGCCGGACCGGCGAUGGGUCAACUCGCCAAGGAGAAGAGCGCGGCCGGCAUCUGGGGUGCGCCUGCGACUGCGGGCAGCUCGGCUGGGGCGAACAAGCCUGCCGGGGGAAGCUCCCAGGGCGGCGCUAUGGGCGACCUUCUCGGCUGAGUGUGUCGCUGUUGUGGCCAUCACUAGACACUGUUCCGCUGAUCGACACGCUCAGUGCUUUGAGUGGCUGCCAGCGUUAUCUCGAAUGACUGGUCGAUUGUUGAUGCACGGGAUUGAAAUGGUCUAGGUAUAUUUUCUCUGACUGCUGUAGCACACUUGGGUUUUCUUCAUUACGCUGUUUAGAAUUGGUUGAUACUUCGUACCAGGCGUUUUGGCGCAAGAAAAUCCCUUUCUGUUUUUUUGCAUAUUCUUCAGACUCAUAAUUUGCUCCAUGGCCUUGGUACACCGCUGCACGCUAAUAGUUUACUUGUUCUUGAUGUCCACUGCCUUGGUUUCUUCUUCCAUUUUCUGUUCCCAAUUGGCUGGGAGGGUCGAUACCCGAAACUUCGCGAAGCGUACGAAAAAAAAGUCGGUCCUCUCUUUCUUAGCCCUCAUUUCUUUCUCGGUACUUUUUGUCUUGAGCUUUCGUCCCCCGCCUGGGGCGAAAUGUUUGCCGGCUGCUGUCCCCAGUUAUCCCAAUUCAUUUGGGACAAAGGCACCGGUGCUUUCCGUCAUCCUGGAAGUGCACGAGAAGCACACGAGGUCAACAUCACGACUACAGAUAUCUCAGAUAUCACAUCAGCGCGAUUAUUUGGAGCCAUCUCCACAACAGAAAUCACUUUCCACCGCUCAACUAGGAGUCACGGCUUAGAUUGCCGGUUUUGCCUGGCAAGACCGGAAACCGUCGCUGAAGAAGCGUUGGUGCAGUGGGAAAUCGCAAGACUGAAUCUCGAUAAUGGAGAAGUCCUUCAAUCUUGUAACACAUCGAUCGAAAGAAUGGCAGAUUUGGAACUCUUGAAAUAGUGACCCUCAACGGCCAAAGACGCAGCCAUGAAGAGCAGUCAAAGCAGCAAACCCCCGUCAUAUCUCACCUUGCUUCGCAGUUUGCAUGGCCCUGAUGCAGUAUGGAGUCUCAUCCGGCGGAUUUUGAUUUCUUGACUGAACACGCGCAGCUCAGACCUUUGCCCACAAGAGAUGCCAUGUGGGUCAGGACACCAACAACAUCCAAUAUCCGCCCUUAUGGCUCAGUGGUAGAGCGCAUCACUAGUAAGGUGAACAUCCACAUUAUGAUGAGGUCCUAGGUUCGAUCCCUGGUGAGGGCA